AUGGCCAGAGUCGACGCUCAGGAUUCGAUGCCUGAAUUGAGCAAUGCUUGUUCGCAUUCUUUCCAGGGUUUGCAUCAAGUUGAUGAUACGUCAGUUGUUUUCUUUCAAGAGACUGGUGGAAAUUUGCAACCCUGUCAAAGCGUUGCUGAACCAUCUUAUGCCCCGGCCUCGUUACAUGUGAUAAAUUAUGCGUCAGGCUACCUGGAUCAAGGGCAGGGGACAGUAAGCCAGGCGUCAGGCUACCUGGAUCAAGGGCAGGGGACAGUAAGCCAGGGGUCAGGCUACCUGGAUCAAGGGCAGGGGACAGUAAGCCAGGGGUCAGGCUACCUGGAUCAGAGGACUGGAAACAUUACUACUCCGCAGGUAGGUGUGUCGUCGCAUCCAUCAUGGUCCAGCAAUGAAGGGUACUCGGAUCAGGGACUCGGGUCCUCUGUCUCUGGACUUUCGCCGGGAUCUUUUGCCAGUGAUGGCUGUCCAUCCCCUGAAUGGAGUGAGGAUGCGAGUGAGCUGUCUGCCGUUGCGUCAGACUCGACGUUAAAUCUACAACAACGGUCACAUCAAGGCGAUCCAUGGUGUGACAUCGGUGCUCAUGAUUACCAAUUUCAGCUCGCAGGCUCUGCGAUCUCUCGAGGAGAACAAAUAGAUUUCCAGGAUGGUGGACAAGAUUUUCCCACCUUUCUUUCUCCUGCGCAAAAUCCGUUUCCAAUCAUUGAUCGUUCAGACAAAAUGCUUUCCAGAGCAUGUUCUUUCUGCAAGAAACGGAAAUUGAAAUGCAGCCAGGUUCGACCCUGCGGAAAUUGUUCAAUGCGAGGACGAUCUGCAACGUGUGAUGCGACUGUAGUCCUUCCUAACUCAGCUCCAUCGUGUGCAGUUGUGCAGCGGCCGCUGUACCAUUCGCGCAGUAUCAGCUUUCGGGACAGCGACGCUUUCACGCGGGUGCUGAUGGCCGCAAAGAGCGUGGGCAUCAACCCGAUGAUUCUUCGAAGAAUUUGGGAGGUCGGUCUGAACCCAGACAACUUCAUGAGUAUAAUUCUCAACAUGCCACCCGUGAUGAAGGCAGCCUUCAAUGAGGGCUGCGAGGUGCUGAGCAAGAGGUACAUUCUGCAUUUACAGAAGAUGCGAGGUCAAAUCGCCGCCCCGCAUCCUCGUUCAAUGCAACAGCAGCACCUCUUCUCGCUCGUCUUCGAUGAUGCUGAGGCGGAGAUUGCUCACGUGAGCAGAAUGUUGGGGCACGAGCGCUUCUUGUGCUUUACCUUCAACCCGGAGAGUGGGGAGCGAAUAAGAUGCUCGCUUGGAGCUGACUAUGCUGAAAUCUUCGGGUUGCAUACUGAGGAGUUCAUGGCAAGGCUAGCGUCAAAUGACCUUCCGAUCCCUUCGACUGAGAUCGACAUGUUCUGUAUCGUUGUAUAUUACUUCUGCAAUGGUCUUAACGAAACAUGUGAUUUCUAUGUACGACUGGACAAUUACGGCAGCUCCAAGCAACAUGUUCCCAGUAUCUACAGGCAUACGGUUGUGAAGGAGGAUGACUGCUGGGGAAGGAACAUUCGAACCAUCUACUCGUUCGAGCCAGUAACUCCGGAGAAGUUCGACGUGAUGGUCAAGUAUCAACCCGAGAGAGUGCGGCCUUUCUCAAAGCUUCUUGGUGAUGAGCGAACGUACGAGCAGCUGCUGCAAUCGCAUAAGAGCGACAUGCAGUUCCGAGGAAAAAUCGCCUACUGGAGGAAGUCGGGAGUUCAGCGGAAGAAGCUGGAGGUAUUGGGACAGCACAUGAUGGCUUGUUUCAAGGAGGCUGCAGGAAAGCUGAGCGAGGUGCUGGAGAGUGUUGGAGGGUAA